AUCAAAGAAGAAAGAAGAAAAGAGAUGUCUAGAGACAAAGAUAGAGGACAGAAACUCCAUGAAAAGCACCAGAUGAUACUAGCCAACAUGCUACGGGAGGAGGUGAACAAGUAUUGCGCGGACUGUCACGCUAAAGGACCCAGAUGGGCCUCUUGGAACAUUGGCAUAUUUAUAUGUAUACGCUGUGCCGGUAUUCACAGGAAUUUAGGAGUCCAUAUAUCUCGUGUCAAGUCUGUUAACCUUGACAGCUGGACACCAGAGCAGAUCGAAUCUAUUCAGACUAAGGGUAAUGGUUACGCUAAUGAAAUAUACGAAGCGUCACUUCCGUCAGGUUUUAGGAGACCACAAGACGACUAUGCCGUCGAAACUUUCAUUCGUGCCAAGUACGAGCGAAAGCAGUACACAGCCAAGUCGUCUAGUAGUUCUUCGGCUCCUAAGGAAACCAAAGCUCCUUCAAAACCGGCAGAGCAAAGCUCUAGACUGACGACAGGCUCUGGGUCUUCUUCGUCUCGUGGAACCAGCCCAUCACGACCAGUCGCUAUCGAGCGACCAUCUUCUAAUAGCACAGCAAGUAGCUCUGUAUCUAGAGCUAAACCAAGGAAACAGCCACAGCAAGAAUUAUUAAGUUUUGAUGCUAAAUCAACCCCCAGUACUGCGACCACCACUCCUGCCCCUAACCCCACCCCCAACCCAACAGUUAAUCUACUUACAGAUGAGCCUUUAAUCUCUGCCCCUAAGCAAGCAGAUAAUCCUCCUCCGCUAAUGGGAGGGAUGACUUCAAGCCCGGGUCCUUCCAGAGCUGUUAAAGAUUCCAUAAUGUCACUGUAUGGAGUGCAGCCUGGCUAUACUGCAUAUGGUCAAACUGGGGGUAAGUAGGUGGAGAUAAUUCUGCAUUUUUAUAACAUUCUCUGAUACAUAUACAUGU